ACUACAAUUCUCAAAUUAUAUUCACAUUAAACAAGUUUAAACAUAUCACAAAGACGUGAGUGCGGUUUUAUUGCCGGCAAGAAAUCGUUGGUGGUGCGGAGGUCUGACCUAUAUUAUGGGUACAACAUCGUCGAAACCUGCUCGCGGUGCGAGAGGAAUUCCAUACUCAUCCUCCGGUCAGGGAGCGAAAAGAACUAAGGCUUCAUCUUCAAGUCAAGGAGCGAAACAAACUACAUUAUCAUCUUCAAAUCCAGGAGCGAAAGCAACUACAUCAUCAUCCUCAGGUCAAGGAGCGAAAUCCACUUCAUCAGCAUCCUCAAUUCAAGGAGCAAAAGCAACUACAUCAGCAUUCUCAAGUCAAGGUGCGAUAGGAACUAAAGCCUCAUCAUCCGAUCGAGAAGCGGUAGAAACUACAUAUUCAUCCUCAUAUCACGGAUUGAGUGGAGCUACACCUUCAUCAUCAGAUUCUGGAGCGAAAAUAUUUACAGCUUCAAACUCAGAUGGAAAAGCGAGAGGAACUCCGCAAUUACAAGAUACAGAAAUGGCUCACAUAGAGAUUGACGGCCGCGUUGCAAUUGUCACGCGAGAUGCUGUUGAUGAACUUCGCGCCCAAGGACAUGCAAUCAUGAAUAAUCUUGAAUUGUUUGAAAUUAAUUCGAAGCGCUCGAUUGAUUCGGGCGCCAUCGAUUCUUUGAACGAGCUGAGCCUGGGAGCGCUCAACAUUAUGAGGGACAUUGAAUCGGUAGGAAUAGGCGAAAAGGAUGCAAUCGUCUCAGGUGCAGAGGAUGGAAAGCGGGAAUUGGAGGCAACGUGUAUCAAACUGAAAGAGGACAUUGAAAGAGAAAGAAUUAAGGUCAUGUAUAACAUUUAUUCUGGUGUGCAGGGACUUCAUGAAAGGGAGCACGAGAAGGCACGUGACGUGAUUCAGUCGUGGUUAAUCGAACAGUACCGGGCAAUGUGCGUUUUGCCAGUGUCGAUGCUGGAUCCUGGCAUAGAUGUACCUUUUGAACGGAUCUACGUUUCCCCGUCCAUCACGGAGCUAAGAAGAGUCCAAGAGACGGACAACAUAUUAAGGGGGGAAACAGAUUGUUUGAGUUGUUACAAAGAUUUGCUGCUUAAACGGAUCUACGUUUCCCCGUCCAUCACGGAGCUAAGAAGAGGCCAAGAGACGGACAACAUAUUAAGGGGGGAAACAGAUUGUUUGAGUUGUUACAAAGAUUUGCUGCAUCGUGACGGGAAUCAUGUCAAUACAAUUUAUAUCCAAGGAGAUCCGGGUUGUGGUAAAACGACAUUUUCAACAAAGAUCGUUUUUGAUUGGUGUGCAGCCCAUUCAGAAAAUAUUGCCAUUGCUAAGAAAGACAUCACGAGAAGUGCAAACAGCAGCGAGGAGACGUCAAAACCAACACAUUUCAGAGAUAUUGACACUCUGCGAGAGUACACAUUUCUGUUCUUUGUGUCGUUACGUGAUUACAGCGGAUCCAUGUGCAACGUCAGUCAGAUGGUCGAGGAUGCCAUAAAGAGAAACAAACUACCUUGGGAUGACAGUGUCUGGGAACAUAAAUGUAUUGUUCUGACAGACGCUGCUGACGAAUGGUACCACCCCGAUAUACCCUUUCCUCCGCCAUGUUACGCAGAGUGCAAGUGCCAUAAAGACCGAAGUAUGCCACUGUAUUUACAGCGAACAAACAUUACCAACAUAAUAACCUCACGGCCAUGGAAACUUGCCAAUAUAAGCAUGAGCGAUACUUUGACGCGUAUGUUCAACAUUUCCGGCGUUACAAACCCCAAAACCUUGGCGGAAAAUGUCAUUAAUGUUUUAGCUGAGAAGGACGGUAUUUCUAAGAAUGAUCGCCAAUGUAAAUGUAUUGAUUUCUUUAAAAAAAUAGAGAAACACAGCUUGGGAAACCUCAUCACAGUACCAGCUGUUUGUGUGCAGUUAGUUCAUCAGUUUUACGUUGGACGAUUAAUGGAAGAUUCUCUGUGUGCUAUAUACAUGAAUAUGCUAGAUAUGCACAUAGCCAAAGGAUUGCAAAACAAUCAAAUUGAAGAUUUUGACACUGAAGAAAUUUGCGUUAAAGAAAUAAAACACAUAUUUGAAACCGGAAAAAACGAGUAUGUGUCGGCUAAUGGGUCGCUGGUUCGCUCUGCAUGUGCGCUAGCGUUUAAAACACUAACAGACUCUAGAAAAGAAUCGUCGCUAGUCUUUGUGGAAAACACAAUCACAAAACACAUGAAGAAAUCACAACUUGAUUACUUACUUCAGACAGGGAUUAUCACAAAGAAAAAAUCGUUUGCGCUUAGCUCGCAAAAGAAUAUUCCAUACAUGUUCGUACACAAAACUAUUCAGGAGUUUCUAGCAUCGAUGCAUAUUGCAAUUAAUCAGACAGAAAUUGAAGACAACCUGAACGCCAUUCAGUCGGUGUAUUGUGAUUGUGAGUCUAUUCUGGACAUCGGUCAGUUAUUUAUUUUCACAUGUGGAAUGUGUGCUCCAGCGGCUGAAAGAAUGUCAAAGCACAUCAUGGAUGUCAUUUCACGCGACAUGGAAAGAACGCUGCUUUUUGUUUCAGACCCGGUUUUUAUUUGUCUACUUUCUGAUUUAUCUUAUUUUGCACAAAAAAUUGUAUUGGGUGGCUUUAUUGAAAUGGUAACGAAUAAACAGACGUGCUUACAACUUACACUCAGUCAUGUAAAUCUUGAAAAUUUUGAAAGUCAGGACAUCAAGGAAAACGAACCUUUAAAUACGUUAAUAGAUAUGAACAUAUCAAACAUCAAAGCCUUACAUACACGUUUCCGUCACAAGUCUCAACAGGCAGCAUCAAAUCGUGAACAGAAAAUUAGUUCGCAAUCGAGAGAAACAUUGACGUAUCUGCUGCUUCAGGACAGGGGUCAAUUGGACCUACAGGGUCUAAAACUCAAGUACUUAUCAUGUUGUGGAUAUUGCGAUAUAAGUAAUUUAGACUGCACCUAUAUGCGUUCGUGUUAUAUGUUUUGGCUAACACCAAUAUCAGAGGAGCGCAUCUUACAAUCGAUGUCUGUCACUGGUAAAAACAUUACACGUCUAAUGCUGGUAGAGGUUAAAUCAAUUGACCUUCUCUGGGCAGCUCUACCAAACCUGACCAGUCUACACACGCUUAUAUUAGGGUCAACAGAACUUGCGGUUACACAGCUGUACUGCCUGUCGGACUCGCUCAGAAAGUUAGUUUAUAAAUGGGUUAAUGUUUCCGCUCAAGAUGUAAAGUCGAUGGUGGAAUGGUCAAAGUCACGGGACACGUGUGUGCGUUGUGAAUUGUUCAUGUGUUACAUAUCUUCCGACGAGACGGAUAUUUGUCACUUAAUGAAGCAGCAGGACGGUAUUGAUAUUUCACAAUGUGAAGUCAAAGCGAAAAGCGAAUUGAUACAUGAGGAUCAAAUUUUUAUUUCUUGGAGCACCAUUUUAUCAAAGUGACAAUUAUCAAACAAGUCGUCAUAGAUUCAAGACGAAAGGAGAGUGUCAUAACACUAAGGACGUUGACAACAUUGAAAAUUUACAAUCGCUGUAUAAUUCGAAAUUAAUAAAACUAUACAGAGUUACACACGCGAAAAGUGAAUAAUCUAGAUAUGUUUGUUUCUAUUUUUGUGUUCUUUAAAUUUUAUGGCGACGAUCAAUUCAUUAAUAUAAAUCUUUAAAUGAUUGACUCAAGCUUGGACAAAGUGCAAAAACCGUAAACAACACCCUUUUAUGUUAAAUAAUUAGCUUUCGCUUUUGUGUAAUAAUUAUCAUGAAUGUAUACAAUGUCAUAAUGUAGCUAUACAUUCCGUUUGAACAACGAGUGAAGAGUGUAUUGUUUACGAUUUGUCUAUGGUGCUUUGCAUCUCACGGAAACUGAUGUAUUCUAUUUCACUCGUCCUUCGAAAGUUUGUAUACCCCAUUGAAUUAUGUUACAAUAAGUAUUUUUAAUAUAAUAUGUUUUCCAGUUAUUAAGUAACCUAUUCCGUAAGACAAUUGUUUGUGCUGUUUUGUAUAUUAUAUGCAAUAUAUAUUCAUUUUAUUCAUUAUAACCUCCCUUAAUAUGUAACGACUCGUAUAAUUAAUGAUAUGUGUAAUCAUGUGUUAUUAAUGAAUGAAAAGAACGCACUAUACCUUCGAAGGAACUUCUAAGUAUAAAAUGUUGAAAUAGAUUUGUCUCAGAAGUCGGCAGAUUCUAUUAGAUGUUUAAUCUUGUAAUAUGUCAAUAGUUGUAUUUGCCGGUGCUCGCAAUUUUCAAUAAAUGCGCGUUUAGGAAAUCACGCAAUGGACAGACCAUGUAUGUCAGAUUAUACAGAUGGAUAUAUUCAAAUUGACUUUUCCAAAAUAAAACUUCUUGUUUUCGUCU